AUGAGCGGCAAGGGUAAAGUGAAAAACGGAAGAGGAGACGUUAGCUCCAAAAAUGAAAGAAUUGCCAUAAUAGCACCAGAUAGGUGCAAACCGAAAAAAUGUAAGCAAGAGUGCAGAAAGAGUUGUCCCGUAGUAAAGACUGGAAAAUUGUGUAUCGAAGUAACGCCAGCAUCCAAAAUUGCAUUUAUCUCAGAAACACUAUGCAUCGGUUGCGGUAUAUGUGUUAAAAAGUGUCCCUUUGACGCCAUCACAAUCAUCAAUUUGCCUACAAACUUGGACAGCGAAACAACACAUCGAUACUCUGCAAACUCAUUCAAAUUGCACAGAUUGCCAACUCCAAGACCAGGCCAGGUCUUGGGUUUGGUAGGUACAAACGGUAUCGGUAAAUCCACAGCAUUGAAGAUCUUGGCUGGAAAACAAAAACCAAACUUGGGGAGGUAUGAUGAUCCACCCGAUUGGGAAGAAAUAUUGAGACAUUUUAGAGGAUCGGAGUUGCAAAACUACUUUACAAAACUUUUGGAAGAUGAUAUCAAGGCUAUUAUCAAACCUCAGUACGUGGACAAUAUCCCUCGUGCAUUGGCCAAAUCCAAGAUCAAAGAGGUUGGCGCAAUUUUGCAAUCUAAAAAUGAAAGAAAAAGCCAAUUCGACUAUGUUUUGAACGUUUUGGAGUUGAAAAAUGUUUUAAAUAGAGACGUGGAACAUCUAUCCGGUGGAGAGUUGCAAAGAUUUGCCCUUGGAAUGACAUGCGUACAAGAAGCCAACGUUUAUAUGUUUGAUGAGCCUUCUUCAUAUUUGGACGUCAAACAGAGGUUGAGAGCGGCCGAAAUUAUUAGAUCCUUGUUAUCUCCAACAACUUACAUCAUUUGUGUCGAGCACGAUUUAUCGGUAUUGGAUUAUUUAUCCGAUUUCAUAUGUAUUCUUUAUGGUGCACCCUCUGUGUAUGGUGUGGUAACAUUGCCUUCCUCCGUGAGAGAAGGUAUCAACAUCUUCUUGGAGGGUCAUAUACCAACAGAGAAUAUGAGGUUCAGAACCGAGUCUUUACAGUUUAGAUUGGCAGAUGCUGCAGAUGAUAUGAUUUUGGAUAAAUCUAAUUCUUUAUCAUAUCCCUCAAUGCAAAAAACUCAAGGGGACUUUAAAUUGGAAGUCGAAGCAGGUGAGUUUACCAAUUCAGAGAUCCUUGUUAUGAUGGGUGAAAAUGGUACUGGAAAGACCACGUUUUGUAGAUUAUUGGCCGGUGCCAUUGCAGCUGACAAUGGAAAGGAGAUUCCCAAGUUGAAUGUCUCAAUGAAACCACAAAAAAUUGCCCCCAAAUUUACUGGUACCGUUAGACAAUUGUUUUUCAAGAAAAUCAGAGCAUCCUUUUUACAUCCUCAAUUUCAAACUGAUGUUGUAAAACCUUUAAAAAUUGAUGACAUUGUAGAUCAAGAAGUUCAAACUUUAUCAGGUGGUGAGUUACAAAGAGUAGCUAUUGUUUUGGCAUUGGGAGUUCCUGCCGAUUUGUAUUUGAUUGAUGAGCCUUCAGCUUAUUUGGAUUCGGAACAGCGUAUUAUUUGCUCCAAGGUGAUUAGGAGGUUUAUUUUGCAUGCGAAAAAGACGGCAUUUAUUGUUGAGCACGAUUUUAUUAUGGCAACGUAUUUAGCUGAUAAGGUUAUUGUUUUUGAAGGCCAACCAUCAAGACAUGCCAAAGCCAGAGCUCCAGAAUCUUUAUUGACUGGCUGUAACCGGUUUUUGAAAAAUUUGAAUGUUACUUUCAGAAGAGAUCCUAAUUCUUACAGACCAAGAAUCAACAAAUUGGAUUCUCAAAUGGAUAAAGAACAGAAGGCCUCCGGUAAUUACUUUUUUUUGGAGAAUACUGAAUUGUAA